AUGCAGAAGCACGGUUACAUUGGUGACUUUGAGAUCAUUGACGACCACCGUGCCGGCAAGAUCGUGGUGAGCCUCAACGGCCGCAUCAACAAGUGCGGUGUUGUCUCGCCCCGCUUCUCCGUUCCCCUUAACCAGAUCGAGGGCUGGGUCUCGAACAUGCUUCCCGCCCGUUCGUACGGCUUUGUCGUCCUCACCACCUCGGCUGGCAUUAUGGACCACGAGGAGGCCCGCCGGAAGCACGUUGCCGGCAAGAUCCUCGGCUACUUCUACUAA